AGGAAGAGGAGUAGCAGGCCCUGCGGUAAAACCGUCGCUGCCUGCUGCGGUGGCGCGUGGCCGAGCUAGGCGGUGGUGAAGAUAGAACAAGGGGAGGGGACAAAUCUAAACGUGACGACAAAGAGAACGAAGACAAGACGAAAGCACGAAGAACGACGAACGAAGCACGCAAGUUCGAACGCUAAGCAGACCCACCCCGAAAGACGUUGGCUGAAAGGAGGCGACCGAGAAAGCAGCGGCCACCAGGUAACCCGACCGCGCUACACCGCUGCCUGCGUCAGCCGCUACCCACAUGAUUACAUGCGCCGCCACCUGCAUAGCCCGACACACCCUAGUUGGCGGCGACGAGGAGACAACGCGCGCACAGCAAGGCUGGCACACCAUAGCCCAAGCGGCGACCAUAGCACCACACACAGGAAGCACAGAGAAAUCCGGCGUGAUCGUACGCGUUGCCCGGAGCGCAUCAAUACAAACAAACAAGAGAAAUGGUCAUCAGAGUAGGUUCGGACUUAGCCUUAGGAUGGAAUAUAAAAAUAGAAAUAUGAUACCUUUUGAUGAUAUGGAAGGAAAAACGGCACUCACUUUCAAAAAUCGCAUUUUUCUCUUGAGGUAGGUUAAUUACCUAGUUUAUUAAUUGGGGUAGUUCUAGUUUACUAGCUAGUGAAACUAGUCCACGAGGAUCCCUUUGCUCCUGAGGGCUGCUCCAGGAGGCCAGAAUCUCAGAUCCAUCGACUCUCCGUGUCUCGGCCCCUCCAGGUGCCGUUUUUCCUUCCAUAGAUGAAGAUUAUGAAUUUUUAUUAAUAUAUUAUGAUAUAUAAUACAAAACCAUAUAUAAUACAAAACCCAGCAUCGAUCGAAAUCGGUGUUGAUCACGUGCUGCUUAUACAUUCUCUGUUGAGUUAUAUUGACGUCUGCGUCGAAUUCAACGUGAGUAACUCACUCGUCACGGGUGAGGAGCAAAAACAACGCAUCCACGAGCGGAAGCAAUGCCUCAAACGUUGAGCAGUAUGUAAGUGUUUU